GGGAAAUAUUUUUUUAUCAUUGAAGUAAUAUUAUCACAUGGCUCAAAAUGGGAAAACCUUAAAACGCAGAGGUUUAUUUAUUAUUAUAACUUCAAAAAUUGUAUGGUAUAUAACCCUGAAAUUUUAGUUAGACUGAACAUCUCAUAAUUUCUACGUCAUUUCUAUUACCAUAUAAAAUACUAGCUGAAGUGCCUGGCGUUGCCCGUUGAAUUUUGAAAACACUUUGAAAAAAAGGUUUUAAAAAAUCGAUUAAACUUUCUUUAUUAUCCCUGGGUAUCAAAAUCCAUGGUUUCCCAAAAAAAUGUCGCCAAUUCGGCCAGCUAUAAGAAACAAAUAUAUACAUUAGGGUGACACAGGAAGAUGAAAAAAAAAAUAAAAGUUGGGUGGAUAGGUUGUUUGGGUGAUGUGGCAUUAUGGCUGCAUUUUGACAAAAUUUUGGUAGGAUAGGACCAUUGCAUCAGGUGGAAACAGUUUCUGCUUUUUUCAGAAAAUUUCUUGAUUUUGACGAGUCAGAACAAAAACAUGAUGUUCAGUUUAUGUAAUAUUUAUAAAACUUGUGUUAAUAGAGAAAUUAACAAAAAUGGGACCAAAUAAAAAGGGGAAAACUGAUCUUCAUCCACACCGUGUCAUGAAUUACAAUCAAAGAAGAACACUUUAUUUGAUGAAAUCCCCUCUGUCAAACAUCAGUUCAAGUAAAAUGCCAACUAAUGGAACAGUACUAAGGUACUUCCAGUAUGUAAUCAGCGGCAAAAGUGUCAGGUUUAAAUCUACAAGAAACAACUUUUCCUGUUCCAUGGCUAGGAAUACAUCUGACAUGAUCUGUAAAUAUUUUGAUGGACCCUGCAAUGAAGCUACUGGAGAAGAAUGUGUGCUUAGGAAGAUUGUAAACAUCUGGGUAUCUUGCGGAUUUGGAAGUUAAAUCAUCACAGAGCAGUCGAUUAAGAUUAAGUUUGAGAAAUUACACAAACAAUGGAAUAAUCUCAGCAGGCACAAACUAUUCUGAAGAAGAGAACAACCAAGCCAGCACAUGAAGUUAAUAUUCAAAAGUUUAAGGAUAUGAUGAAUGGGUUGUUUGAUAUUGCCUCUCCCAACUUUGAACAAAUGCUGAGAAAUGAUAAGUCUAUGCCAAGAUCCAAGGAGAGUAUCAUGGAGGAUAUGCAGUUUUUGCAGGAUCAAAGAUCUGCUCGGAAAAUGGGGAUGAGCCAUCAAUGUGAUAUGGAGCUUGAAGAAGUUAUCAAGAGAAGAACUGAGAAGUAUAGGAGGCAUGAUGAGUAUAGAAAGAAGAUUGCUGCUGAAGGUUUCUGUGAUCCGUUCCCAGAUGAUGCCAAUUAUAUCUUAUAUGAUCCUGCCCCAGUUAAUAAAGGUUUGUCACUGCAAGAAGAAAAGUCACCAUUCGAUGAUGAUGAUAGUGAUGAUUCUGACAUCAAUGAUCAUAAUGAAACCCAAACAUUUGUAUCAGAAGUCAACCUAGCAGGUCCUUCAAAUACAUCUAUUUCAGGUUUAAAUGAGACUUCCAGAAAGAGAAGAAUUGAGAAAGGUUCAACUCUUGUUACAGUUGAGAAAGAUAUCUCACUAGAAGGACUAGAGGAGGCAACAACUUCCCUCAGCGUAAGAAGUGGGCUAAGCUAUAGAGACCAAACAAUGUUUCUUGCAGCAAUAGUUAAUUAUCUUGAAAUCCCUCUCAAACAAGUUGGUCUAAACAGAGAGACUGUGAGGAGAAAGCGACUUGAAAUUGUUCAGAGAGAAGGCGAGGGUAUUAGGUCUAACUAUAUUAAAGAAAUGGCCGGUAAACAUUUAGUUCUACAGUGAGAAAAGUCAAGGUUUUUCAAAAACUUUUUCCACCUAAGAGAAUAAAGUUAGAACCAUAAAUUUUUUUGGAUUUCACCGCUAAGGUUAGACAUCACACAUAGAACCUAUCCACCUUUUGAUUUUUUGAUUUUUGAUUUUUUGGUGAUCUUCCUGUGUCACCCUAAUAUACAUAAUAGAUGUUUCUGGAGUACAUUAAAACGUUUUU